AUGGCGGAAUAUUUCGUUACAGCCUCACUCGCUGCUUCCAUUUUAAUCCUUCUUUGUAAUGUUUGUGGAAAUGUUCUCGUAAUUAUGGUUAUCAGGAACAAUAAGAAACUUCACAACGCCAACACUUGCCUCCUUGUAAAUCUGGCCUCUUCAGAUUUGGGUUUCGCCAUUGUAACUUUUAUAGAUAUUUUUCUAUUCUCGUACAAGUAUACGUCCAUUUAUUCUUUCCCCGAGUUCAUUCUCCAUGCGACAGCUUCAAUAGUAGCAAUGGAGAGAUAUUUCGCCAUUCUGAAAUCUUCCGUGCACUUGACAAAAGCCGUCAAGUCUAUAAUGUGGGAACUGAUACUUGCAAUAUGGUUGCUCGCCGGCGUACUAAGUGCACCGGGAUUUCUUAUUGCUACCCUAAGGCAAAAGUUCAUCUGGAGAAACGCUUCGAGAAAUACAACGGUUGAAAUACCUCGCUGGAUUGAGAUUUUUUACACGACGUAUUCAUUUGUAAUCUUCACUUUCGAUCUCAUUUUACCAAGUGUUACAAUGAUAUAUUGUUAUACUCGGAUAAUUUAUCACAUGUGGUUCAACGCCGAAGCUAAUAAAGCAACAAACGUCGCUCUUUUACAGUCGAGAGGCAAAUUGACAAAACUUUUUAUACUGGUUACCUUGAUAUUUCUCAUUACAUGGACCCCAACGUUCACCAGGCUUAUUGUCCUACAGUUUGUCAGCAUCAAUGAAGCAUGGAAGUUCGAAAUGAUUUUUUUCCUCCUAGGAUUAGCUGGAUCCACAGCCAAUCCUGUCAUUUAUUCAUUACGUUAUCCGAGGUUUCGGCAGGAGGUUGUCAUACUCUGA